AUGGACCAACGAAGAAAGGACGCUCUCAAAAGCUACCGGGAUAAAAUGCAGAGUCACGAGAACUCGAGCCAGAGUCUCAAGAACUUGCGAUUUUCGUUGAAAGAUCUCGAGACUGACUACGCGAAGACCGAGGAUGACAUCAAGGCCGUGCAGUCCGUUGGGCAGAUCAUUGGAGAGGUUAUGAAACAACUAGAUGACGAACGAUUCAUUGUAAAGGCAUCGUCAGGACCUCGAUAUGUCGUCUCUUACCGCCCCGCCCUACCAGCAGAGAAACUCAAGACAGGCACACGAGUUUCCCUUGACAUGACCACCCUCACAAUCAUGCGUAUCUUGCCAAGAGAAGUAGAUCCUAUGGUUUACAAGAUGAGCUUGGAAGAUCCUGGAGGUGCAUCGUUUGCGGGUAUUGGUGGCUUGGGUGAGCAGGUACGAGAGCUGCGUGAGGUGAUCGAGCUACCGCUGCUCAGCCCAGAACUUUUCCUACGGGUUGGUAUCAAGCCUCCCAAGGGUGUCCUCUUAUACGGUCCUCCAGGGACGGGCAAAACCCUCCUCGCCCGUGCUGUUGCAGCCACUCUCCAAACCAAUUUCCUCAAAGUAGUAUCCUCUGCUAUCGUCGACAAGUACAUUGGUGAGAGUGCCCGAGUUGUGCGUGAGAUGUUUGGGUAUGCAAGGGACCAUGAGCCCUGCGUCAUAUUCAUGGACGAAAUCGAUGCCAUCGGUGGAAGGAGGUUUUCGGAGGGUACCAGUGCAGACCGUGAGAUUCAAAGAACAUUGAUGGAGCUAUUGAAUCAAAUGGAUGGUUUCGACUCCCUAGGACGAACAAAGCUCAUCAUGGCAACAAAUCGGCCAGACACUCUUGACCCUGCUCUCCUCCGUCCUGGUCGACUAGACCGGAAGAUUGAAAUUCCUCUACCGAACGAACAGGCACGAUUAGAGAUUUUGAAGAUCCAUGCACAACCCGUGAACAAGAGCGGAUACAUUGAUUAUGAAGCAAUCGUGAAGCUCACGGAUGCAUUCAAUGGUGCUGACCUGCGGAAUGUGGUGACAGAAGCAGGCAUGUUCGCCAUCAGGGACGACCGAGAAUACAUCGUCCAAGAAGAUCUCACUAAAGCUGCACGGAAGGUCAGCGAUGCUAAAAAGCAUGAGACCAAGUUAGAGUAUUCUGCAUAG